AUGGAGAGUCUUCCGGGCGACGUCUUCUUCGUCGUUCUUCACAAGCUGGCGGUGCAGGAUCCCCGGUCCCUGCUACGCGUCACGUGCGCCUGCAAAACGUUCCACCGGGAGGCCGAGCACAACCGGGCCAUCUGGAAGGACGCCUUUUUUGGCAGAGACUCGAGGUGUGGGGAGCACUGCAAAGACGAGAGCGUCGAAGCGGAAGUCCUAGCUUUGGGUGGGUACAAGCAGCUAGUGAAAGCUCGGUGGGCUGUGCCGCGGUGGAUCUUCUAUGAAAGCCCGUUCUCUGUGAAAGAAGUGGGCGACUUCGGCUUCAAGAACGCGUUUCGUGGCAAGGCUCCCGGAAGAGUCGCCUUCACUUUCUAUAGUUCUCGGCUCGAGCCGUUCUUUUCUGAGCAACAUAAAAGCAUCGGUCAUCUGAAGAUGAAGCUUGCGGGAAGCGGACGCGUGAUACAGCGGAUGGAUCUUGAUUUGGAAAUCUAUAACUUUACGGAAGACGAAUUGAAGGUUGGAGGACACGUGUCGUCAAGAGAGACAGGUCGGCUUUGGGUCUGCGAUCUUGACUACGAUGGCAGAGACAACAUCUGGGCAUCUAUAUUUGACGGGAACUUCUAUAAUGUUAGACUCGGGGGCCUCGACCAGGACAAGGAGCUGACCAACAGUGCGCUGUUGGACCUCCGCUUUGACGAACCACUUUGA